AUGAGGAUGACUGGGGGGACAGAAAAUCCCACGUCUGUCUUCGCUCUCCUCCCGAAGCAGAGGCUGGAUGAUAAUGGAGAUGAGAUGUCAACAGGGUCGGAGAUAUUUCAAAAGACCCUCUUUUCUCUUGUUUUUCUUCAGCAUUCCCUGUUUUCAGUGUUUUCCAAAUUUGGGCCGCUCUACUCGGUGCGAGCGCACAGAAAUGCUGCCGUGGCAGGGCCCGGGUAUUACGCCAUCAUCAAGUUUUAUUCGGCUGGAGAUGCCAGCAGAGCCCAGCGCGCAUGCAAUGGGCAAAGGCUGUUUCAGAAAUCUCCCUUGAAGGUUUGUGUUUGCACCAAGCAGAAAGGGUUUCGGCAGCAAGUCCUUGCUCUCAACAGCAACAAGUGCCAGGAGUUGGCCAACCACUACUUUGGCUUUAACGGCUGGCCCAGCCGCAUCAUCACACUGCAGAAUAUAUCUGACUUUGAUGGUGGGAAUGAGGAACUGGGAGAGACAUUGCAGAAGCGAUCCGUGAAAUAUCUGUGUGCUGUAGAGGUGAUGCUGCCCAACCACGGGGUACGCACCAGGGGAGUUGCCCUCGGCGAGGCAGACAUCGAAAACAGUGAAGAUCCUCUCGAGUUUGUCACAGCCACAAGAAGAGUUCAGAAACUCGCAGUCGGGAAGGCUUUGUCUAGCGCCUUUCAGAAGAUACUCCUCGUAGUCUUAGAGAACGGGAAAGUGGCCGUGGAAUACGAUCCCACCCAAGAGGAGCUCACAGACUCCCUAACAGAAGAGGAACUGAAGGGGCUUGUGCAGGUCAGUGAAUUGUCCUUGGAACAGUUUGACCUCGAAGAAGAAGUUUUGUCUGAUCUCAGUUUUGAUGAUGAGCUCCCUAGCCGGGAGAUGCCAUCUAAUUAGUGCAGCUCUGUCUUCACGUCGUUUCCAAAAGUUCUGCAGUGUUUGAUUAGGAAUGAAAGUCUAACGCUGUGAAAUGACAUGUGCGUCAUAUCUAAUGUUUUCUUUUUCUCCAAAUACGUAACAGCAAAAGAAAUGGGCAAUAAACCUCAUGUUACUAAAAUUAA